GACUACCGUCAGCGGUGUGGGGGCGCAAUCGCGAGGACUCGCCUAGUGAGGAUCCGGAGAGAGAAGAAGCUAGGUGGACGGCGUUGGUGGCAGGCGGUAUCGGCGUAGGCUCUUGUCCUCCUCGAUCUCAGUGGCGACGCGCACGUCGAGGCGGCAGCGCGCCUUCCUUCCCUCCGGCCAUGGACUAGCGCCAGAGCCGCGCCACCUGUUCACCCGCAACUAAGUACAUCACAUCUCUCCUCUUCAUCAUCCAACAACAACUACCAGUACAACCAACAACCAUAAUCCAACACCAUAUACUACUGCGAACUACAGCAACAAUCGCUCCAACGAAAGAAGUACUAAGAUGACUGCGGUGAACGAGUGGGUGGCGGGGACGCGGCUGGGCGGCUGGAUCCAAGAAUGCCGCGAGUCUCGCCGUUUGGUUCUUGUCAUUGUAGCAAUAGCUUUGCUACUGGACAACAUGCUACUCACCACAGUAGUUCCAAUAAUACCGGAAUUCUUAUACGACAUCAAUCAUCCGGAUGCACCAAUUGACUACCGUGCGCACAUCGCACCACCAACAACUACUACUACAACAACUCUUCCUCCGUGCAGAGGAUACGUGGCGGACAACAACAACCUCGACGAUACUAACGGAACGACCGUGUCUCCGGUUGAGGCCAUCACAAUAAAUGAAACUGCUUUGGAACUGGAGAGAAAGAAUACCCGUCACAAGGACUUAGUUGAAGAGACCGUUGCCGUGGGGAUGAUGUUAGCCUCGAAGGCUUUUGUGCAGUUAUUGGCCAAUCCCUUCGUGGGCCCUCUAACUCAUAAAAUUGGCUACAGUAUUCCCAUGUUCGUUGGUUUCAUAAUUAUGUUCUUGUCGACGCUCAUAUUCGCAUGGGGUCGCAGCUACAGCGUGCUGUUCAUUGCGAGAGCUCUUCAAGGUAUAGGGUCGUCCUGCUCGAGCGUUUCAGGAAUGGGAAUGUUGGCUGAAAGGUAUCCCGACGAUAAGGAGAGAGGAAACGCGAUGGGAAUCGCUCUGGGUGGCCUCGCUUUAGGUGUACUCAUCGGUCCACCAUUCGGCGGCCUCAUGUACGAAUUCGUUGGAAAAUCUGCACCUUUUCUAAUACUCUCUGCACUUGCUUUAGGCGAUGGAUUGUUGCAACUUCUCAUGCUGCAGCCGACGAUCGUCAGACAAGAAUCAGAUCCACCAUCUCUGAAAGCUUUGGUCACAGAUCCUUACAUCCUCGUUGCUGCUGGCGCUAUAACUUUUGCAAACAUGGGUAUCGCGAUGCUGGAACCAUCUCUGCCCAUCUGGAUGAUUGACACCAUGGACGCCGAGCGUUGGAAGCAAGGUGCUACCUUCCUUCCGGCCAGCAUUUCCUACCUGAUCGGAACCAACCUGUUCGGUCCGUUGGGCCACAGGAUGGGACGUUGGUUGGCUGCUCUCCUUGGUCUCGUCAUCAUCGGAGUCAGCUUGAUUUGCAUACCAAUGGCUAAGAGCAUCAACGACUUAAUCAUUCCGAACGCCGGUUUAGGAUUUGCUAUCGGUAUGGUGGACAGUUCCAUGAUGCCAGAAUUGGGCUUCCUUGUGGACAUCAGACAUUCUGCCGUCUACGGAAGCGUCUACGCCAUCGGUGACAUUGCCUUCUGUUUAGGAUUUGCUAUAGGGCCGGCCAUGAGCGGAACUCUUGUGAACACCAUUGGAUUCGAAUGGAUGCUUUUCGGUAUUGCGAUCCUCAAUUUCCUCUACGCUCCUCUGCUAUUUUGUUUGAGAAGUCCACCAACCAAAGAAGAAAAGAAGUCACUCGUAACCGGCGAGAAGUCUUCAGUCCGUUACGUCACCUACCAGAACGAAGAGGAAGACGAAUAAGCAAAUAUGUAACAAAAUUUAUGAACUAAGUAUUAUUAUGACAAACCAAAAAAAAUAUAUAUAAUA